AUAACAAACAAUCUGCGCCGCUUGCAACCGUCGCCUUGAAUUCAGCCACCGCUCUCAGUCUCAGUAGAAUCUUUUUGCCGAUUGAUGCAUGAUGCGGAUUAACAAAAAUAACAAAAAUUCGGUCGUAUUGCCUCAGAAAGCCUCUUCUGACUACAUUCCGCAACAGGCAAAUUUGUUUGAAGGUGAAAGUCUUCUUCAUCUUGUCAACUCAAUUCAAAGAGAAAUCAAGGUAGCCAGACUUUCAGAUGAAUCUUUAACUCAUAAAAUUUGGCUGAAGCAACAAUUUUCAAUUGGUGUCAAUGAUGUGACCCGUGUGCUUGAACGGAUGCCGCCUCUUAUUGGAUCUAUAAGCUCUAUUCCACAAAAUGCUACUUACAGCCGUCGUAAUUCCAAAUCUCCUCCCAUCCAAAUGCAGGCCAUAAUUAUAGCUACAGACUGCAAUCCUCGAGGGCUUACGAAGCACCUGCCGAGCCUGGCCUCAUCUAGGGAAGUGCCAGUCAUCUUUGUUAAAGAUAAGAAAGGGGGAUCUUUCAAGUUAGGUGAAAUGGUGAAUUUGAAGACGGCUAUGGCAAUCGGUGUCAAGGCCAGAGGAAAUUCAAUCAACAAACUUAUUGGCGAGAUUGUUGGAGAUAACCAGGUAAAUAAAGAGGUUACGGGGUCGUGAGUGAUACGACGUAUGCUUUUCUUUGCCAAAGGCAUAUUUCUGGUGAAACAUUAAUGUUAAAUGUCUUGGUAGUAUUAAUUUUGUUAAUGCACAGUUUUUAAUCCA